AUGAAGGUUAUUACCUGGAAUUGUCAAGGAGCAGCGUCCAAGAGUUUUCUUAGAGUUGCAAAAUGGUUGAUCAACAAACAUCAUCCGGAUAUUCUCUGUUUAGUAGAAACAAAGACAUCCGGGUGUAAUGCGGAUGCAAUCUGCAUGAAGCUUGGCUUCGAAAAGUGGGCGAGAGUUGAAGCUCUCGGUUUUAGCGGCGACAUUUGGAUCCUCUGUCCGUCCCUCCACCUUCGCAGAAGAUUGUGGAGUUCUUUACGAAGAGAUAGAGUCCGCGUCGACCACCCGUGGCUAGUUGCCGGAGACUUCAACGCUAUUGCCCAUAAUGAUGAAUGUUCAAACGAUAAUAGCCCCGGGUAUCAUAGAAACGGGGACUUUAGGAACUGGAUCUUCGAUGAAGCUUUGGUUGAUCUUGGUUUCUCGGGUCAGAAGUUCACGUGGAAGCGAGGAAAUGACGAAGGGACCUUCAAAGGAGCCAGACUUGACCGUGCUUUGUGUUCGUUGGACUGGUGUACCCAGAUGAAAGACACGAAGGUGGUGCACCUUCCGGCUUUCGGUUCGGAUCAUUGCCCGGUGCUAAUCGAAUUUGACAAAAAAAUUAUCAAGGGUCAAAGGCGCUUCAUGUUUCAAGGAGCAUGGACGACUCAUCACGCGUUCUUGGACCUUAUUAAGAAGAGCUGGAAUGAGAACGACACUGUUUGGCAAACCAAAGAUAAUAUGAUAAGGAAUUUUCAGGUUUGGAAUAGGAACGUUUUCGGGAAUAUUCACCAUAGGAAACAAAAGCUUUUAAACCGGCUGGAAGGGAUUCAAAGACAGAUGGACCACGCAGGCCAUGCGGGACUGACGAAGUUGGACAAAAAAAUCAGAAAAGAACUAGAGGAAACGCUACAGCAAGAAGAGAUCCUCUGGUUCCAGCAAGCAAGGGAGGAAUGGAUUGCGUCAGGUGAUCGCAACACCAAGUUUUAUCAUGCUGCUACAAAGUGCAAAAAAGCUAAGCGAUGA